AUGCCAAGCGAGUCGAAGUUUAGCGUACGGGGAUCUACAAGCAGCAAGACUAAGAAAGUGGCCUCCGAUCGAGAUGAGGAGCUGAAAGCACUUUUGAAGGCGUCUAACGAGCUGCAGGAGAAGAUUGCUAGUAUACUUGAUGCAAGGGCGGCAGACGACAAGUUACCCAAGGAUGAGGUCAAGGAAGCGAAUCCUGACUCGAGCGAUUCCAGCAGCUCGUCGGAUGAGGACAAUUCAUCGGAGUCUGGUAUGUCUUCCGGCGCAUAUUCAAGGAAGUCGUCAACCAGUUCGCUUCAGUCCAACAGACACCGACUGGCCCUGUUACGUGAGGCAAAACAACCGAGAACCUACAUCGAUCAUCACAUGACCAGAAGGCUCAUCAAGGAGCUGAACAUCAAAGAGUCAUUCAAUCCUAGGCAUGAGAAGGCCUACGAUGAUCAAUUGGACCUAUUAGAGCGUCUCACACGUGCGAAAGGAUUCGAAGUCAAUCUGUUACCCCAGGUGAUCACAAGUGUCGCGGACGACAACGUACUCUACCGCAUAAACAAAUAUGAAUUACAUCACAUCCACGAGUGGUCGAAGUUUAGAGAUCGUUUGGCCAAGAAACUAUAUCCAUACAGCAAUGAGAUCGAUAUAGUGGCUCAAAGUCUGAGUGAGCCCGAGGACCGCGAAGAUGCAGAAGACCUCGUGAUGUGGUUUGAGAAGACGAUCGCUUUAUCCAAUUUGUACUAA